GUCUGUUUGCCAUUCUCCACUCUUCACUCUGACUUCCCAUACUCUUUCUCCUCUAUAAAAAUAAAAACUCCCUCUUUCUCUCCUUCCAAACCAAACUUAAUUAACCAUAACCAUGAAGCUCCAUCUCCUCCCUCUAUCCCUCCUUUCCUUCUGCUUCCUCGCCCUUUCCCACGGUAUCAACCCCACAUGCAAUAUCCCUGAUCGCGGCUCAACCCUCCAAGUUUUCCAUGUCUUCAGCCCUUGCUCUCCUUUCAGAGCCUCCACGCCCGUGUCCUGGGAAGAAAAUGUGCUGCAAAUGCAGGCCAAGGACCAGGCCCGCCUGCAGUUUUUGUCCAGCCUCGUGGCCGGAAAAUCUGCCGUGCCGAUUGCCUCAGGCCGGCAGAUCAUUCAGAGCCCUACUUACAUUGUUAGGGCUAAGAUUGGUACCCCUGCACAAACCAUGCUCAUGGCCAUGGAUACCAGUAACGAUGCCGCUUGGAUCCCAUGUACUGGCUGUGUUGGCUGUGGCUCUACUGUCUUCAACACCGCUAUGUCUUCUUCUUUCAAGCCUGUUGGUUGCCAGGCCGCUCAAUGCACACAGGUACCAAACCCCACUUGCGGCGGCACCACCUGCUCAUUCAACAUCACCUACGGCGGCUCAACCAUUGCAGCCAACCUCUCACAAGACAACAUAACUCUAGCCACUGAUUCAAUCCCGAACUACACCUUUGGCUGCAUAGCAAAAGCCACUGGCAGUUCUGUGCCUCCACAAGGUCUAUUGGGGCUCGGCCGUGGCCCCUUGUCUCUUCUGUCCCAGACCCAAAACUUGUAUCAAUCUACAUUUUCCUACUGCCUGCCUAGCUUCAAAUCACUUAGCUUUUCCGGUUCAUUGAGACUUGGCCCCAUUGGCCAGCCCAAGCUGAUAAAGUACACACCAUUGUUGAAGAACCCUAGAAGAUCUUCUCUUUACUAUGUGAAUUUGAUGGCAAUUAGGGUUGGAAGAAAAGUUGUUGAUAUUCCUCCUAGCGCCCUUGCUUUCAAUCCCACCACUGGUUCAGGAACCAUCAUUGAUUCUGGCACAGUUUUCACCCGGCUAGUUGCACCAGCAUACACGGCGGUAAGAAAUGAGUUCCAAAGACGGGUUGGGCGAAACCUAACGGUGACAACCCUCGGUGGAUUUGACACGUGUUACUCAGUCCCAAUAGUUGCACCGACAAUAACAUUGAUGUUCUCAGGGAUGAACGUGACACUCCCACAAGACAACUUGCUAAUCCACAGCACAGCAGGCAGCAUCACAUGCCUAGCAAUGGCUGCAACCCCUGACAAUGUGAACUCAGGGCUGAAUGUGAUAGCCAACAUGCAGCAACAAAACCACAGGUUCCUUUUCGACGUGCCCAAUUCAAGGCUGGGUGUGGCCCGUGAGCGCUGCAGCUGACUUUGAUUUUGUUUUGUUGUGAAGAAUUCUAGGGCUUUUGAUGUCUGUUUUGUAAUAACUUUAAGAGGUAAAAAUGGGGCUAAAAGGAGGCAGAAUUAUAUAGUUAUUUUGUAGCUUUUUGUACUGGGUUUGUCACGGGUUCUCUGUAUUUGGUUGGGAUUGAAGAUGAUAAUUUAUGUCACGGGUGCUUCUUGUCAAAAAUAUUCUACUCAAUGUUUAAUAAUAUCUAGAAAUGUCUCAUCA